ACCCUCAUUCGCAGAGGGCACACACACAGUAUAUCCUCUCACACACACACUCGCAGCUGUUGAUACUUCUCUCUCUCUGUCUCUCUGAUGAACGCCAGGGCAGCCGAGCAGCAGAGCCCGCAGGAAUCUGGGAGAAUCUGCUGUCUGUUGGCAGCUCCACCACAGAGCAUCUGUAUGGGAAUUCAGGACACACAAGUGAACCGACUGGUUUUCUGAUCGCAGCCUGCCUCUCACUUUCUGACGUUCACAGCCCGCUCUUUCUCUCUCUCUCUCUCUCUCUUUCCCCUCUCUCGUCUUUCCCGGCUUCUCUCUGGGACUCGGUAUUGGAAUUUGAGCGCAGACGGGGAGCGACAGGGAGAAAAAUAGAGACAUGUGUUUUGCCUCAGCUGCCUACUACUACUGCUGCCUGUUCUCUCCCAUUCACUGACCAAGGAGGAAACACAAGGUGAGAGUCAGAGCGGCAGCCAUAGAGUGAACGAGUGAGGUAAAGCAGGCAUGAGUGUGGACAGCCAUCAGGGGGUGGUGACAACCCCUCCCCCCCCCAGUGGAGGGACUAAGGAGCGAUACUUCGACCGGAUCGACGUCAAUGAUCCGGAGUACAUCAGGGCCAGGAACAUGUCGCCUGACCUCCGGCAGGACUUUAAUGUCCUGGAGCAGAAGAAACGCGUCACACAGAUCUUACAGAGCCCCGCCUUCAAAGAGGAGUUGGAGAGUUUGAUCCAGGAGCAGCAGCGGAAGGGGAACAACCCCACCGGCCUGCUGGCCCUCAGACAGAUCGCUGACUUCUUCAUGGCCAGCUCAGUGGCCGGCUUCAACACCUCCCCCCUCAGUAUGGGGAUGGUCACUCCCAUCAAUGACAUGUACGGAGUGGAAACCAGCACGAUGGUGAAAGGCGAGAAGCUGACGCGCUGUAAACUGGCCAGCCUCUACAGACUGGUCGACCUGUUCAGCUGGGCGCACUUCGCCAACUCCUACAUCACAGGUCGAAUCAGCAAAGAGCAAGACCACAUCCUCAUCAUCCCCCGAGGGCUGUCAUUCGCCGAGGCGUCUGCAUCAAACCUGGUGAAGGUCAACAUCAUCGGGGAUGUGAUCGAACAGGGCUCCACCAACCUGAAGGUCGACCCCGUUGGUUUCAGCCCCCACGCUGCCAUCUACUCCAUACGUCCAGACAUCCGCUGCAUCAUACACGUGCACACUCCUGCCACGGCUGCUGUGUCAUCUAUGAAGUGUGGCAUCCUGCCCAUUUCCCAGGAGUCGUUGGUCCUGGGCGAUAUCGCCUACUACAACUACCAAGGCAGCCUGGACGACCAGGAGGAGCGAAGAGAGCUGCAGAAGGCACUGGGACCUACGGCGAAGGUUUUAGUGCUGAGGAAUCACGGCGUGGUUGCUCUUGGGGAGACCGUCGAAGAGGCCUUUCACUACAUCUACAAUACCCAGUACGCCUGCGAAAUCCAGGUGAAUGCUAUAUCAUGUGCCGGCGGCGUGGACAACCUCAUAGUGCUGGACCCACAGAAGUACAAAUCACGAGUGUUCGACGUGGCCACAGCGGCUGCAAUCAACAUGGCUGGACAGUACAAUUGGAAGAUCGGUGAGCUGGAGUUUGAGUCUCUGAUGAGGAUGCUGGAUAACCUGGGCUAUAGGACGGGUCACGCCUACAGGCACCCAAUCGUGCGGGAGAAGCCGAGGCACAAGAGCGAGGUGGAGAUCCCCGCCACGGUCACAGCAUUUAUGUUCGCGGAGGACACAGACGGAGGGGCCACACGGCUGCCCUUCAAGUUCCUCCAGCAGCGGCAGCAGAGGGAGAAGACACGCUGGCUCAACUCGCCCAACAGCUACACCAAGGUCAGCGUGGAGGGCAGAGAGGAGCGCUACAACAGCCGGACGACCACGUGGAUGAAGGCGGAGGAGACGGGAACCCCAAUCCGGAUCGAGGACCCCAAUCAGUUUGUCCCUCUCAACACAGACCCCACUGAGGUGCUGCAGAAGAGGAACAAAAUCAGAGAGCAGAACCGGUUCGAUGUGAUGACGUCGGGGCCGCGCUCUCACGCCCUUGCAGGCAUCCCUGAUGAUGUACCGCGACGGAAUCAGGUGCAGAUAAACGUUCUGCCAUACGUGCCCACAGAGGAUGAGCAGAUGGCUCCUCUGCCUCCCAACCCCUUCAGUGAGCUGUCAGAGAAGGACAUGGUCGAGUACCGCAAGAACGUGGAAAGGAGGCAACUGGGCCUCAGCGAUGGAGAGCACGAUCUAACCUCCGACGAUGGCUCCACUCUCUCUCAGUCUCUGUCUCUCACCCAGUCCCCGCAAAGCACUCCAGCUAAAGAAGAGAACCACACGGGCCUGAUGAACGGCAAAGAUGGCCAUGGCGACGUGGACGAGGAGCUGUCCAAGCGUGUCAGCCAGCUGACCACCAGCGUGGAGAGCGUGGAGAUCACGGUGCGCUCCGGCGAGAAGAUCGAGGAGGCGCUGUCCCCCGAGAGCUCGCCCUCCAAGUCGCCCAACACCAAGAAGAAGAAGAAGUUCCGCACCCCGUCCUUCCUGAAGAAGAACAAAAAGAAAGAGAAGAUGGAGGCCUGAGAGCAGACACGGGCGAGGGAGAAGAAAGUGGGGCGGCAGCCACCUUUACGUUUAAUGUCUGUGUUUUUAUUUUGUCUCCGUUUUCAAUGCCCUUUUAUGUUUUUAAUUUUAUUUUAAUUUUUUAACAAAAGGUUUUAUGUGCGAAAAGGCAGAAGAGCGGAUUACACAAAAAAUGAACUGGUUUGUAACACAAAAGAAAGGUCUCGCUAUCUGCAGAAAGAAAUUACAGUUCUGGGAUGGGCUCAUUGCUAAAGUUGCAGCAGGUUACUUGGGUGGAUGUUGGGUGUCUACACACCUUAUCGCCUGUGCAGUACUCUAACAGGGCUCCUCAGGAGCAGCAAGUGUCAUUUGAGGCCAGACAAAUCCUGAAUAACUGGCUCUUCCUGUGUUGUUCCCCAAGCUGAGAACACAUCAUGAAACCAGCUUGAGUAGUUCCUCUCAAAAUCCAAUUUUAUGAAAUGAUUGGAGUGCAGCAUGAGGGUUAUAAAAAUGCACAAGUUGAAGUGAAGCCGUUUUCUUCUGUCAAGACUUCCCCGGUCUUUCAAGGUUUUGUUUUAACAUUCUGGUCACCUGACUCUGCAUAGGGAACCGAGAGGCCGCAUGAAAUUUGAAGUCACACUGGAAAACUGGUGUCAGAAGUCAGCCACAGGGUUUGUGUUGAUUUAUUUACUGUGAGGGAGGUUUUCUCUCGGCCUCUCCCACUCUUCAGGCCCCUGACGCAAACCUUCCCCUUCAGCUGAUUGUGGCUGAACUCCAGAUGAGUUAAAGGGUCACUAGACUGGACGAGAUAGCGAGGCUGUAGGCCGGCGGUCUAUCACAAGUUGACUUUAUCUCACAGAGCCGCCGACUCACUCGGAAUAUUUAUGUAGCAUUUUAAUUUCCUCUUCAUCUCAAAGGGUUUCUUUUUUUUGCCAAACUGCGUGGAAGAAAAAGAAGAAACAAUCUCAUUUUAGUGAAGCGUCACUGUGUCUCGUUUUUGUCAUCUCAUGAAAUCUGAUCUUUUUUUAUUGAACACAAAUUUGGUAUUAGUCGACUCUGUUUUGUACUCAUUUCUAAGCUUUUACAGAGAAUACGGAUGUUACGCAUGUUUUCUCUCUUUUUUUUGCAAGAACGGAAUUUAUACGGCUGACUAUGUUCUGUAGUGAGGCCUGAUUGCUCAAAUGAUAUUCUAAUCUUCAGAGUACACAAAUUUACUAUAUAACACAGAUAUAUGAAAACUGGAUAUGUUGGCUAUAGAUUUUUAACUAUAUAUUUUUUAUUUUAUUGUGCUGCACUUUUUCUCGUGGUAUAUAACACAUUUUUUUUUUUUUUUUUUUAGUUGCAGGUGGUUUCACCAGUGAAGGAGAUUGUGAAGUAUUUGGUUUAAAAAAAGUUGUGCAAGUAGCAAGCGAGGCAUGGUGUGUCGGAGGAAGGUCAGGACCCGGAAAGUGAGUCGAGCGAAGAAAGAAAGAAAAAAAGUCUCUCAUUGGUGUCACACGUGGGAAAAGAUCUCUACUUCUCAACUUAACAAAACUAAAAAAAAAAAAAAAAAAAGAAAGAAAAAAAGAAAAGAAAAAAAACAGCAAGUGUAGUGCUGAUAUGCUACGUCAAACUAUCUGCAGUCGCCAGCUGAAAUGAGAAUCAUGGGUCGUGGAGUGCGGAGCGGUGGCAUAUUUCGUUUGGUGUGUUUGUGUGUGUGUUUUUAAAGCCAUAUUGUUUUUUUUUGUUUUUUUCCUCCGUUGUUUUUUAGACAAGGGUUGCGAUUCUCGUCUGCCUGCUUGGGCGUCAAGGACCCCAACAAGACCUCUGUUAAAUCACCCCAGUGACUGCAUCGACACCCCUCAGGCUCCCAAAACUUUUUUGUUUUUGUUUUUGUCCCCUGUAGCUCCAUUCGCAGCAGCUACGCUCCCUUUGCUUAAUUUGCCAUUUAUUUCCUCCUGGAACUGGAACUCUUUAAGGAGGUCAUAUGGACAUUUCAAUUUUUAUUCGAUCACUCUUCGAGCCCCCUUGUCGUCAUUUCAGCUUCUAAAGCCUCCCCUCAUCUCAUUUCUCUCGUAAACACGAUCGUGUUGUUACUCUCAGAUGACCCACAGCUGAACUCUGCAAAGCCAAAGUGUGAUGCGUUGCCACACAUCCUCCCCCCGCAGUUUAACCAGAUGCACCAAUAUCCCAGCUAGCAAUGUGAAGUAUUGGAUUUGGAGGGAGGGAGGGAGGGUUUUGGGGACACAUCUUUAGCUGUGUUAAACGAUAGCUUUUGGUUCGCGGCGAAGAGCCGAGGUCACACAACUGAAAGAUGGAGAAGGGAGGUGUGAGUUUGGAAAUGGAAGUGCAUACGUGUGUGUAGAAGAGAGGGGCCGGGGUUAAGGACGACCUGACACUAACGCACCAUGUUUUUAUCACUCAGUCUUGUCUUUUUAUUCUUUCAUACCAUCUCUCCUCCUGGAACGUUCUCUUUUAUUUUUUUUUUCAUCCUCCGUUUGUAUCGCAGUACGCUUUCUUUUUUCUUUUUUUUUAAUUAGUUUUCGGAGAGCACUAGGCUUUUUUUUUAAUUAACCAUUUUAAGAGCAUAAAUUGCUCCCAGAUGAACUGAAUGUGCAUUGCAUCCUUAUUUUCACCUCUUCUGUUUCCGACUGUUUGCACCUUGCUUUACUAAUGCCUCUCUAUCCACCUUUUAUUUUCUGUUUUUAAAAAUUAAAAAAAAAAAAAAAAAAGAACGAGUUUUUGCUUUGGCAUGCCAGAAUGAGCCAAGCUACUUUUGUGACCUGUGAAAAUCCUAUAUAAAUGGUUAUCUAAUGGAGUUGCUUUUAGAUGUAUUGCUAAUCAGUGUACAUUCACAAAUAAAACUGUAUUUUAAGAAACGGAA